AUGGGAAGAGGGUCUUCGUUUGCAAUCGACGAAGAGAUGCUCGCUCUCGUCGUCCCUUGCUCGGCGCCUUCACUGUCGUCGUCGGAAUCCGGCUCGCUGCCUUCACUGUCGUCGUCGAAAUCCGGAAUCCUAAUCGCUGCAAUCGACAAGCUUCUUCUACUCGUCGUCACCCACUGCUCGCCGUCUUCACUCAUCGUCACCCACUGCUCGCCGUCUUCACUGUCGCCGUCUUCACUGCUCGCUAGCUGCAUGGAGAGGAUCGAAGGAAGGAAGAGGAUCGAAGGAAGAAGGGUUUCGGCGGUGAGAAGAGGUGAGAAGAAUGGUUUCGAAGGAAGAAGAGUUUAA